AUGAAAAAAUUAACGUUAAUAUCAAGGACGAACUCAAAGGCGAUACAAGCCAGAAAAAUUCUUGUAGCAGUAACUCGUGAGCAAAUAACCUUAUCAGCUUUGAAGACGAGGCUUCGUAUUUGUUUUACUUUUCUGGACGGAACUGAGGAUGAAUAUAUUGUUAUUAAUCGUGAGAGCAGAAAGGAACGUACUCGUUUGGUCAAUGAUGAAGACUUGGCAUGUAAACAGGUAUCUGUUAACAAAAAGGCACUUCGCAAGAAAGAACAAAGGGAGAAAUUCAUUCAGGAAGUGUCUGAGGAUUCAAGCACCAAAUGUUCUAAUACUAUGGGUGAGCCAGGCUCAAAUUCUUUAGAUGUUUGCCUAAAGCAAUCAGUACGAAGCUAUGAUUUCUCAGCAGUAAAAAUAGGGACAACAUUUUCUCUUUUGUAUAAGAAACUUCUUGAUGCUGAGGAUUUUGCUGAUCGUGCGGUCCAAGAGGCCAUUAUAUGUUACUGUCAAUUUAGAAAAGCUCUUAUCCAAAGACGAAGUGAAAUAGCGUCUGAAAAACAAGUUGAUUCAGAAUCCAAUGCUGUCAGUAGAAUUUUAAAUAUAGAAGUUAGAGCUCAACUUCCUGCAGAUACUUCUGAUGUACUUUUAUGGAAAAGAAUCAACAGUAUUUCAAAAAUGAUGUAUGAAGAUAUUCAGUAUAUCAUAGAUAAUAUACCAGUUGACUAUAGCAUUAAGAUAGAAUCAUCCACCUGUGCUCAGCCGAAAGAUACUUUGUUAAGUAAUGAGAAAAAUUCUGAAUUGUUAUAUCCUGAUCUCGGUUUAGGAAAUGAUAAGAAAAAUUCUGAGUUGUCAUAUACUAAUACAUCAGAGGAAUAA